AUGUGUUUACAAUUUUCUCUACCACCACGACAUCAACAUCUUGAACACAAUGCUGCCAUAGCACAGUUCUUCCCGAGUACAUGUGUGAGCUCCAAAGUGAAGGAGAGGAUUUCCAGCAUUCGAGAAAUCGUCUCCGCUGCCGAUUAUCUUCUCUGGGUCACUAGAGGAUACAUCUUGAAGGCCUUCGCUGCUGGGGCAGAGUUCGCCCCUUCACAAGGACUGUUGGGAGUUCUCCGCAACGAGUAUGCCCUCACUACCAGCUCCUAUACCUCACCUGGACUGGUCGUCCACGUUCGAAUUUACCAGCCCUAA